AUGAGGAGUCUCGGGGCAGCUCUCCUCGUCGUCGUCGUCGUCAUUUUCUCUCUCUUCUCCCCCUCUCUCUCCUCUGCCUACGGAGCUGCUCGUGGGGCGAGAGAGUUCGACUACUUCCUCCUGAGCCUUCAGUGGCCGGGCACAUUGUGCCAGAACACUCGGCACUGCUGCCCCUCCAACGGUUGUUGCAAGAGGUUUUCCUCUUCACCCUUCCCCCCCCCCCCUCCCCCCUCUCUCUAGCCUUUUUCUCGUGGCGAUGGAUUGAAUUUCUCCUAGAUUGCUUGGUUUGGUGCUUUUGUUUCGUCGGAUCGCUUUAGAUGGAUGAAGGCGGGAUAAACGAUGGUACGGCAAGGAAUUUGCGCUGGAUAACGUCGUGAUCCGAUAAAAGAGAUUUGACAGAUUUUAUCGAAUUGAAAGACUAUCCAUUCCUUCAAUAUCGUCCGUCCGUCUACAUGCAGAGGUGUCGAUGUCAUUUUUGGUUAUCGAUUGCUUCCCCUUUCUUGGCGAGUUGCGCGCAAACAUUUAUGUUCUGUGCGGCGUUCAUCUUUGAGGAAACAUCCAUGAAAUUAGGCAAUGUGAGGCGUGAGUAGGACUUCUUGUGCGGCUCGUAAUCGAUUACUCGUCUGAUGUCGUACGUGCAUCGACAUUCUUAUGCUAUUUUUUCCCCAUCUUGAUUUCCUUAUCUUUUAUUUUCCUGCAUUUUUUUGUCAUAUAUUUUAUACAAAAAUCUCGUCUGAUAGUCAUUUUUUGUUCAUUUUAAUUUUUCUUUGUAAUUUAACGCUAAUAAAUAACGCGGCCUUGAUUAUAUCAUCGUCAUUAGUCUUUUUAUCUCGGUCACUUAAUCGAAUCAGCAAGAAGAACUUGACUGGUUAAUGUCUGUGCAGGUCUGUUGCUCUAGAUGACUUCACAAUCCGUAAGUGAAACGUCGACAGAUUAAUUUGACCACUUAUGAAUUUGAUUUUAAGCGGAAAAACCCUAAAACUUAUGUUUGCAUGCUUCAUCUCCGCUUAUGUAUUUGUAACAGACGGAUUGUGGGCCAAUUACAAUGAUGGAACCUGGCCAAGUUGCUGCAGCAAUAGCCGCUUUGAUGUGAAAAAGGUCCUGUCACUAAUCACAUGGGGAAUUUUUUCUGUCGCAUUGUAUUUCAGUAUGGCCAUCUAUUGAACUGCUCUAAAUCCUUCUGAAUUCAAGUUUUCAAUCACAGGUCUCACCCUUGAUUGGGAAACUUUCGAAGUAUUGGCCAACGUUAAGCUGUAGCUCUUCAUCUAACUGUCACGGGGGAAAAGGACUUUUUUGGGGACAUGAGGUGGUUCAUUAUUUAUUUAUCAUAACUUAUGGUCUCACCAGCCUUAUGAUGGUUUCUGACAGACAUUUCUCUUGUUUUGUUUGGUGUACAUUCAUCCGCGUGAACGCUCAUGUGCAGUGGGGUAAAUUAUCUCCUUCCAAACUUCUUCUUGCGGCUGAUUAUUUUCCUUAGUGGAGUAGAAAUUCUUAUGGUUAGCAUUUGGAUUAUGCAAAAAUAAAUGAGAAUAAAAAUAGCCGCCAAGCCAUCAUAUUUUUAUUUAUUGAUUUAAACACGACCGUUCUUUUCGUUUUCUAUCUGGGUACUGACCUACCUAUUCAGCUCUUUGCACUCCCGCUUCUCGUCGCUAGUAGUUACCGUGACACUUUUCGGGGAUUUUUAUGUGUCAUGUCCAUUUGUAUUAAAAACAUUUGUGCCAUUUUGACUCGCUUGCCUGCAGAAAAACACGGUACUUGCUCCUCUCCAGUAAUACAGGAUGAAUACAGCUACUUCUCGACAACUCUUGACCUGUACUUCAAGUACAAUAUAACGGUUAGUGCUAACGCAUUCAAGUACAAUAUCUCGUGAAUGAUGGGUUUUUACUGGUUGCUUUUCUCACAAAACUAAAUCAGUUUAUCAUCCAAACACAUUAAACAUCUACACUAUUACCUUUUAUUUUGACUGAAUGUGUCUUUCAUGACCAGAAAUACUGCUUGUGUCCUGCUCUUGUUCUAAAAUCAUCUUCUGGCUAAUUUAUCGCAGAAAGUGCUGAACGGUGCUGGGUUUUCAGCAAGCAACACAGAGAAGUAUAAACUAGCCGACAUAUCCGCUGUGAUUAAGAACUCAACAGGUGCUUCUCCGUUGCUGGUGUGUUCCCAUGAUACCGUUCAGGAGCUACGUCUCUGUCUCCACAAGGAUUUCACGGUCAGUUAAUUCGCAGUGUGAGAUGUUCCCGUAGUAUUAGACUGCCAAGCAUAGAUUAUGAUGCACUGAUCCUUUACAUAGGCGUAUAAGGGUGCAUACAAUGCAGCCAAAUCCCUCAAAUUCAUUUCAUUGGUCGCAUUUUCUAGAGAUAAACAUGUGUUUUUUUUUACCUAAAGUAGAUUAUAACGUAGAUCUCUGUUUAAAAAAAAACUAGUAAAUCUCUGGCUCACCCAUAUUUUUAGCAAAUAGAUCAUAAGGUUCUCUUUAAUGGCCAAAAUUCAAUUGCCAUCGAAUCUUAUCCUAGAACUGUUCCUGUGUUAAAACAGCCUCGUGAUUGUGGAAUUCUCUCAAGCACCAUUGAAGAUGAUCUAAGUGCAAGUGACUCUUGCCCACAGUACAUCCGAUUGCCAAAGCAUACCCCCCCUCCUGGUGAGUGA